AUGAGUCUGGUUUCUGCGCCACUAGAUGGAAACAAUUUCUUGACGUGGAGCAGGGCAAUCAAAUUGGCUUUGGGGGCGAAACAAAAGAUUGGAUUCGUUGAUGGUUCGUACACUAAACCUCAAGAAAACAAGGAAGAAAUGGAUCAAUGGAAAACAGUAGACUGUAUGGUUGCAUCUUGGCUCUUAAAUUCAAUAAGUAAAGAAAUCUCUGAAGCCUUCAUGUAUACAUCUUCUGCUCAAGAUCUCUGGGAACAACUUGAAGCAAGAUUUGGAGAUAGUAAUGGGCCCAUGUUGUACGAUAUUCAAAGGAGGAUUUCAUCUCUUUCACAAGGAGACAUGACAAUUUCGGCCUACUUCACUAAACUAAAAAAACUGUGGGAUGAACUCGCUCACUUGGACCCGCUGCCAAACUGUUCGUGUGAUGCCAGCAAGUUGUUGGCAAGCCAAGAAUCGUCAAGACAACUUAUACAAUUUUUUAUGGGACUCGAAGAUACUUAUGACCAUAUUAGAAGUCAGAUUUUACUCAUGGAACCUCUACCAACUAUUGGCAAAGCAUAUUCAAUGCUGUUACGUAUUGAAAAACAAAGACAAGUUCACAUUGCUGCACCUGAAGAUGGAGCCAUGAAUGCAAGAAUUUCUGAAGGAAGAAGGCAGUUUGCAAAUCAGAACAGAGAAAAGGGAAAGGGAGGACUUGACAAGAAGUCACAAUAUUGUGAUUAUUGCAAGAGGAGUGGACACACUAGGAGUUCGUGCUUCAAAUGGACAGGCUUUCCUGAAUGGUAUAAGACCCUUCUUGAUCAAAAGAAAAUUGAAAAAGGGUCUUCCAACAGGACUUAA